AGAUCCAAGCUCUCGGCAGUCCUGGCCAAAGUAGCCCCAGGACAGGACAGCGGCAGGACAGAGGGACCAGGCACUGAGAGCAGAGGUCCCCCCGCCGGUCAAAAUGCCCAUCCUGAAGAGUCUCGGGGUGGCAGAUUCCAAGGUGUCCCGGGCCGGCACCCUGCCCGGGAGGUCCUCUCGGAACCCCUUUGAGGACGUGCCGGGGCUGGAGGAAGAAGAGACUGGGCGGCUGGGGAGCCUGCCCAACGGAACGUCGUGUGGCCGCCGCGCCACCCUGGAGAAGCUGGCAGGCCUGUCUCCCUUCCGGCUGGGCUGGGCCCCCGGCCGGCGGGCGGGCAGCCCCGGCCACGGCCACGGGCAGUCCCGCUCCUUUCUGGGCCGGGUGCUGCCCCCAGGCAUGCGCAGGAGCUCGGCGGAUUUCGGCCUCCUGGCCAGGCUUCAGGGCAGCCGGGCCCAGGCCGACGAGGAGGCCCCCGGCGAGGCCGCGGGGAGACUGGCCUUCCUGAGGCUGGGGCGCGGGCCCAAGCCCCGGCGCGCCUCCCUGGCCGAGAGGGUGGUGCCUGCAGGCGAGGCGGCCCCUGAGCCCCCGCCCAAGGCCCGGGAGCCCCCGAAGAUGAAGGAGCCCCUGUCAGUGCUGGAAAUCCUGAGUCUGAUCCAGCAGCGCGAGCUCGCGCGGGCCGACGAGCACAUCUUGGAGCUGGAGGCCGAGGAGCUGGCGUCGUCGGGGGGCGGCGCGCCCGGGCCGCCCCAGGUCGAGGGCGCAGGCGGGGGCCGCCGGGCACGGGACGUGGCGCUGCUGUACGAGGCUCUGCAGCGCGAGCUGUGGGCGCUGGUACGCGAGACGCUGGCGGGCCCCGGGCUGGGCUUGGGCGCCGGGGCCGGCGCCGUGGCGCAACUGGGCCAGGUGCUGGUGCAGGAGGAGGCGGCCGACGGACGCCGGGGACCAGGGGCGGCCCGCAAGCUGCGCGCCCGCUGGGCCGAAGCAGUGGCGCGCGCGGCUCGCGAGCGCCUGGAGGCGGCGGCACCCGGGGCGCCCGGAGGCCUGGCCGCGCAGCUGGAGGCGCUGCGGGCGCGGCUGCUGGAGGACAUGGGCGUGGUGCGGGGCCGCCUGGCGCCCGCCUACCCCGCGGGUCUGGGCGCCUUCGGCGUGUACCUGCGCGGCUACCACGGCGCGCUGGCCGACUGGCUGGGCGCCGCCGCGCGCCGGAGACUGCCGCUCGCCGACCGCUACGCGCUGCUGCACUGGCACCACCAGGUGUACCCCAGAGAAGUCUUAGGGCUGGUGGACAUGGUCGCCCUGGAGAACGGGGAGCUAGGGCCCCUUCUGUCGCCUGGCACGGUGCGGGGCUUGGAGGAUGAAUGCGUCACAGACGUGAAGGCUCAGACCCGCGCGGCCCUGCUGCGAGCGCUGCAGGAGGACGAGGAGCACUGGGGGAGCGCGGAGGGCACGCCCAGCAGCCUGGCCCAGGACGUGUGUGAGCUGCUGGAGGAGCACACAGAGCGGGCGCCCCGCAUCAGCCAGGAGUUCGGGGAGCGGAUGGCCCACUGCUGCCUGGGGGGGCUGGCCGAGUUCCUGCAGAGCUUCCAGCAGCGCGUCGAGCGAUUCCACGAGAACCCAGGAGUGCGGGAGCUGUUGCCCGACACCUAUAUCAGCAGGACCAUCGCCCUGGUCAAUUGUGGGCCCCCCCUGAGGGCUCUGGCAGAGCGCCUGGCCCGGGUGGGGCCCCCCGAAAGCGAGCCAGCCCGGGAAGCAGCGGCCAGCGCCCUGGACCGUGUGACCCGGCUCUGCCACCGAGUGCUGGCCGACCUCCUGUUCCAGGAGCUGCAGCCGCACUUCAACAAGCUGAUGCGCCGGAAGUGGCUGAGCAGCCCGGAGGCCCUGGACGGUAUCGUGGGCACGCUGGGCGCUCAGGCCCUGGCCCUGCGCAGGAUGCAGGAUGAGCCUUACCAGGCGCUGGUGGCGGAGCUGCACCGGCGGGCGCUGGUGGAGUACGUGAAGCCCCUGCUCCGCGGACGCCUGCGCUGCCGCUCGGCGCGGACCCGCAGCCGCGUGGCGGGGAGGUUGCGGGAGGACGCGGCGCAGCUCCAGAGGCUCUUCAGGCGGCUGGAGUCCCCGGCCUCGUGGCUGGACGCCGUGGUGCCGCAUCUGGCCGAAGUCCUGCAGCUGGAGGACACGCCCAGCAUCCAGGUGGAGGUGGGGGUGCUGGUGCGCGACUACCCGGACAUCAGGCGGAAGCACGUGGCCGCGCUCCUCGACAUCCGCGGCCUGCGCAGCACCGCCGCCCGCCACGAGAUCCUGGCCGUGGCCCGCGACCUGGAACUGUCUGAGGGGGGCGCCCUGGCGCCGCCUCGGGACCGCGCCUUCUUCGCAGACAUCCCCGUGCCCCGCCCGCCCUUCUGCCUCGGCCUCCCUCUCGUCCUGGGCUGCCUUCCCCCGUCCAGGCUGGCCAGGCCCAGUCUGACCGGCCUGGCCUGUCUGCGGCCUCCUUCUCCGACACGACCCCGGGCCCAGCGCUGAGACCGCCCGGCCCCCCGCCUCAGUGCCCCCAUCUUUGCUGCUGACACGCCGUCCCCCUGAUACCCCGCCUGGGACUGCAGAGCUCUGGGACGCAGAGGUCCUCAGAGGUCGUCUCCGCCCCAAGCCCCCUGUACAGAAGAGAAACAGGGGUCAGAGGGGGCGAGGCCCCACCCCAGACCAGCAGACCCGUGGCAGCACCCGCUCCCCAGCCCAGCGGGUGGCGGUGGCGUUGGAAGACUCUACAGAAAUAUCCCACCACCCCCCUCCUUUCCCCUCACCUCAAGGUCUGGCCCCAAUCCAAUGUAUUAAGGAAUGUACGAUACUUAGAAUAAAGAGGUUUCUA